GAACAGUGUGUGUGGGUUUUGCUUGAACAGGAGUGGGUGGGUUUAGGUGUUUCUUCUGAGUGCUUUUGAAAUAAGCAGCAGAAGAAGAAGAUGAAGAAGUACUUGGAGAACAAGCAUCAAGAACAAAGAGCACAAAGCCUUUGUUUGUCAACACAUGCUUCUGCUUCUCAAGAGACCAUCGACCACAUCCAUGUGGGUUCAUUCUAUGAACUAGACCAUUUAAAGCUUCCUGCUACUGCCUCAGAAGAGAUGAAGUCGAUUCGGGUCGUCAUGGUGAAUGGAAAGUCUCUGUUCAAGGUUUCAGUGAGCUUUCCAAGCCUUCACUCUCUCCAAACCCAUCUGAAUGAGGAAAGCUACCAAAACCCAGACGGCUUCCUUCCUGCUUUCGACGAAAACUACUCUAUGGCUCCACAAAUCGCGUCGGAGGUGCUUUACCGGAGAAUCCCACAUCACGAAAUAGCAGAGCAGAGCAUGAUGUGGAGUUUUUGGGCCGGACGGCGUCGUUUCGCUACCCGGAAAAGCCCAUCUCCGUGUUGCUUGUCGGAGAUUAAGCUCAGCGGCAUGGUCCAAUGGGGUAAGCGCAAACUAGUCCGGUGCGUUACGAGGCAUGAGAGUCUGUCGAGCUCUGACCAAGAACAACCGGAGAAGGAAGAAACGGAGAAGGAUGAAGAUGUGAAAGAGCCUCGCUAUGAGUUUAGGAAGAGAAAACUGGUUCAAAAGAAGACCAAAGCAGCGAAGCGUCGGAAGCAGAACAAUCAAAUAGUGGUUCAUGACCGGACCCAGAAUCAAUUGGUUGAAGCCUCAAUAGAGAGAUGGACUGCAAGGAGGUAUAAGGCAGCAGAGGAGAACAUACUUAAGGUGAUGAAGGCAAAAGGUGUUUGUGCUGAGAAUCCAAUACGGAGAGCACCACUGAGGUGUGAGGCCCGGAAGUUGAUUGGGGACACUGGUUUGAUAGACCAUUUGUUGAAGCAUAUGGCUGGGAAGGUAGCUCCGGGUGGCGCUGAUCGGUUUCGGAGAAGGCAUAAUGCUGAUGGAGCACUUGUGUAUUGGCUGGAAAGUGCUGAUUUAAUGAGUGUAAGGAAGGAGGCUGGGGUUGAGGAUCCUUAUUGGACUCCACCCCUGGGGUGGAAGAUUGGGGAUAACCCAACUCAGGACCCUACUUGUGUGAGGAUGUUCAAGGAGAUUUGGGAAGAGAUAGCCAAUGUGAAAAGAGAGAGGGAAUUUCAGCAGCAAGAGGAUAUAGCUAUGGUGACCACCUCAAACUCUUCGCUGACAACUCUGGAUCAGGGCCAAGCUUACAGUUCAGUAACCAAUCGAAAGGAGUCACAGGACAAAUACACAGAACUAGCUGUUAGGAAGUUUAAAAUUGAAGAACAAAUGCUACAACUUUCUCAAUCUUUCUCUGGAAUUGAGGAAGAAUUGAACUCAUUGCUAGAAGAAAUGAGGGUGCUGAAACCAACCAUGGAAGAAUCAGCAUUCGUCUACUCAGAAACAGCUGAAGUACCAAUGCUGAUAUCGGACAUAGAAGGAGGGACAAAAGAUAAGAUGGAUUCAAGAGACAAGGAUAGUAUAGAGGACAAGGCAGCAAAGAUAGAGAGGCUGCGGAGUAGCUUCAGGAUUUGCAAGCCACAAGGAACAUUUCUGUGGCCAGACACGAGUGCGUCUCCAAAGGGUGUGGUUCAGCAAACCGACUCUUUUUUGGUCCCCACUCCACCCUCAGUUUCCUCUUCCAACAAGUCAGCAACCCGCCUAUUCCUUCAUACACCAAAUGAGCACAACCUGGGCUCCCCUCUGAAGCCAUUGGCUGAGAGACGUGCAGUCAACACAAGCACUUUGAGCAAUGUGACCAUGCCACCUGAGAAGACAAACCCCCAGUCCCAGAUUGACUCUAUCAGCAUUGGCAAAACCCUUAACAUCAACCUCAAUGAGUUCCCUGAUGCCUACAACUCUGACUCUACUGCAAUUCCUGAGGCUCUCACUUACCAGAGAAAGCAUCAAAAUAUGGUGAAGGCCAAAAGGACCAUGGAGCAUGACACAGAUCCAGGGAUGGAUAUUAUGGGAUUGUUAAGGUACAACUCUAAGCAUCAGCAAAGGUGGUGUUCUUCUUCUUUCACUAGUAGUUUUGAAGCAAAUGGUGGGUAACUUAGGGAUCUCCUACCCCUUCUUUGGAUACCGGAUGUUGAUUUGGUUCGAACUCAGGGAGCUAUAUUAUUAGUCGGAAUUAGAAUAUGAUCGAGCAAUAAUUGUAUUUAUAUUUGAUCAUUGGAAAGUACUUUACAUUGUACUCCAAUGUAUGGAGUUUUAUGCUGGCUAAAUUUUUCCAAGUAGGUGGGUAUCUAUUACCCUUUUUGGAUCCAAAAUCUGAAACAGUUAUUGAGCUAUAAUAUCAGUGUGACAGAUAUGUAUGGUUUUGGUGGAGAGCUAGUAUGAGGCAAUUGAUAGUAUGAUUAGCUUU